UCUGCACAAUAUUAUUGUGCACUCGUACGACUUCAAGUUCCAUACCACUGCUGUCCAUAAUUUUCAGACGUAAUACGAUAAAUCGUACUAAAUUCAACAAUCUGCAGGCAUAGGUAUCUGGUUUUACAUUUGAUUCGUUCAACAGCUCCGGACAUUGAAAUAAUUUUUUUUCCUUUCUUGUACCUGGAUCGACGUGAAGUACCAUAUUCUGUGGCGCAGACUCGGCGCGCUUGCCACUUCGUGAGUCUGGACGCUAUGGCGUCGGUGAAUGGCAGUUUGCCUUCAUGUCCCUAUGGUUCUCGCUGUUACCGUCAAAACCCUCAACAUUUUAAGGAAUUCUCUCAUCCAGCUGAUCACCAGAAACACACAUCGGAGGCGGAUACACCGAAUCAUUCCAGUGAAAGUGUUGCGGGAUCUUCUGGUGAUACUGCCGAGCCUGCUCGCAAACGUAUGCGACCCGCGUCGCCUGUACCGCAGAUUCAAAAUCCUUCAGCAAGCUCGCCACAGACCACUGGAUGUCCUCUUGGAAUCUUUCUAACGACCACACGCGGACUGGAAAAUGAGUUCAACGAUUUAUCGUGGUGUCGUAGUAUGAAACAUAUUUUGGCUCCGGAUAUGGGAGAUCUGCAGGCUUCUAUACAGUUCAAUUAUAUGUUCGAUAUUCCCUGGAUUGUGGAUCAGUAUCCGCCGGAGUUUCGCGAUCGGCCUAUGAUGAUCGUGCAUGGUGAUAGUACAACCUCCUCCAGUGGUCAGUUAUUGCGCCAGGACGCAUCGCAGUUUCCCCACAUUACGCUUGCUAUGGCACGUCUUCCUAUGGCUUAUGGCACUCAUCAUACAAAAAUGAUGAUCCUGUUCUAUGUUGAGGGAGUUCGUGUAGUAGUGCAUACUUCCAAUCUGAUCUCUGGUGACUGGAAUAACAAAACGCAGGGGAUGUGGAUAAGCCCCGUAUUUCCCAAAUCUUCCGAUGCAAAGGAUUCUUCUACCAAUUUCCGUAGAGACCUCCUCGAAUACCUUCGCAGUUACGGAAUACCUAAGUUAAACGAGGUUGCGGACAGACUAAUGCAUCACGACAUGUCGUCUGCGAAUGUAUUUAUUGUGUCUUCAGUGCCAGGGCGGCACGAAGGAGAGAAGAAGUCUUCAUUUGGCCAUCUCAAGUUGCGGUCGUUACUGAAAAAGCACUGUUUUUCGAUACCAAGUUCUUGGCCGGUUAUUGGUCAGUUUUCCAGCAUCGGAUCUCUUGGACCGGCGGCUGACAAGUGGUUAACAGGAGAGUUUUUGGAUUCUCUGGGAAGUUCCGUAGCGCUCUCAGGAAAAGCUCCAUUGAAAUUGGUUUUUCCCAGUGUGGAUAACGUGCGACUCAGUUCCGAAGGAUGGAAAGGAGGCGGUUCGCUACCGUAUUCUCAAGUGACAGCGGAUAAACAGCGUUAUCUGGACAAAUUUCUCCACGUUUGGAAAUCGGACGCGAAAGGCCGGUCUCAUUCCAUGCCGCACAUCAAGACAUAUACCCGUACUAGUCCGGAGCUCAAAGAAGCUGCUUGGUUGUGUAUUACCAGUGCCAAUCUUUCUAAAGCCGCAUGGGGGGCCUUGGAAAAGGAAGGCAGUCAGCUGAUGAUCCGCUCCUAUGAGCUGGGUGUUGUGUUUAUUCCGCACGCUUCUGAUCCGGCGAGCAGCAGGUUCAAGAUUGUCGCCGACUUCACUUCCCACUGUGAUAAUGGAUUGGCGGUAUUUCUCCCGUAUGACUUACCUCUGGUGAAGUAUUCCGAUAGAGAUCGGCCAUGGACGUGGGAUGCACCGCAAACUGGAUUACUGGAUAGAUUUGGAAAACCGCGGAAGUGAAGUGGAUUUGAAUAUUAAAUAAAUGGUAUAUGUACAAUAUUAUGGUUUAAAGCAGUUGUGGUGAAUGUACUGUAUGGCUACUUUUUUGGCUGUGGGCUUUGCUGCGUUUUUAAUGUGAUUUAUAUGACGUUUAUUUCUCAACGCUUUUAAAAUCCGGUUAAUGCAAGGAGUUAUCAUCGCCUUUUUCCAUUUUACAGUUUUGUUGGGGAGUGCGAUAAGAGCAUUUGCUUGCAGCUUCCCACUCUGCAGUACACGUGCACUGUAAAAAGUAUGUACACGUGCACUAUAAAAAGACCAGUACGUAGCAAGAUUUCAAAUACGAUCGUGAUCAGUGGAUUUGUAACACUUAAAUGCAAGUUUACUUCCUACUUUUGUUCCGGAUGGAGGCCCAUUGUCGAGUUCGCUAGUUGCGAGUGCCAUACUUUGUAUUAAGAAAUUUAUGAAUAUUGUUGCUUGUUCCUAUUUUUGUAAUCGCGGAUUUUGCAAUGUUGGCUAUUUUUGCAAUCACAGCAAUACUUUGUUUUGCUGUUUUUGCGCUAUUUAACUGAUGUGCAAUAAAAAUUACAUGCAA